GUGCGCGCCUUCAACGGUUGGGUCAUGCCGGUGUUGAUGUACUCUUUCGGCGUACUCAAAUGGUCUCAAACUGAACUGGACGCCCUGGAUAGGCAAGUCCGAACAAUGCUGACUGCAUACCGAAUGCAUCAUCCGCGGUCGUCGGUGAUGAGACUGUAUAUACCGCGGAAGAGUGGGGGUCGAGGCUUUUUAAAUGCCAAGACCCUACACAACCGCGAGGUAUGUAGUCUCAGGGAAUAUUUCCUAGCUGCCGACGUGGAUAUGCAUCGAGAUGUAGUGGCAGUGGACAAAGGUCUCACCCCGCUCUCCCUGGCUAUCGAGAACUGGCGCAAACCCGUCGUACUUGACACUAACGCUCGCAGGGAAGUAUGGCAGAGCAAGGAGCUUCACGGACGCUUUUUCCGAGGCCUACAUGGACCGGAUGUAGACCAGGUGGCGUCCGUAGCCUGGCUGCGUUUUGGUGACCUCUUUGGGGAAACCGAAGGGUUUGUCUGUGCAAUUAUGGACGAAGUUAUCAUGACGAAUAACUACCGGAGAUUUAUUGUGAAGGACGGCACGGUUGACAUCUGUCGGGCAUGUCACCGUCCGGGAGAAUCAAUUCGUCACAUAAUCUCUGGUUGUUCUCGUCUAGCUAACGGCGAGUACUUGCAUAGGCACAACCUUGUAGCCAGGAUCAUACAUCAGCAGCUUGCUCUGAAAUACUCUCUUGUGGAAUCGGAAGUGCCGUACUACAGGUAUGAGCCCGACCCAGUCCUUGAUAAUGGUCAUAUCACCUUGUACUGGGACCGGUCUAUCAUCACUGACAGGACUAUUGUGGCCAAUAAGCCUGAUAUUGUGGUGGUGGACCGGAAGGAGAGGCGUGCAAUGAUUGUUGACAUAGCCGUCCCACAUGACGAGAACCUUGUGAAAGCCGAGAAAGAUAAACUGAUCAAGUAUAUCGACUUGGCUCGCGAGGUUGUCGACAUGUGGGAAGUGGAUUCAGCUAUCAUUGUACCGAUAGUCGUGUCAGCCAAUGGCUUAAUAGCCAAGAGCCUCGACCAACAUCUUAGGAGGCUCUCGUUAGGUGGCUGGAUCAAGGGCUUGAUUCAGAAAGUAGUACUCCUGGACACGGCUCGUAUUGUCAGGAGGUUCCUUUCUCUGGAGCCCUGACCGCCGGUAGCUUGGACCCAGUUCCCGAUACCGGUGGGACACUAUUUUUUAUAUUUUUAAAUGUUUUUUAUUAUUUAUUUUUAAGAAAUAUUUAAAAAUGUAAUUUAUAU